CAUUAACAACUUCAUGAGGCUGUUGAACCGCAUGUCUUUUUACUUUACCAGUUCUUCAAAAAUACUACUGCUGUUGCUGCUACUUGUCCAACAGGAAAAGAUUUUCUGUUUCGCACCAGUCAGAUUUUGAAAAGCACAUCAAGAGGCUCGAUCUUACAUAAGCUGUAGCCACACUACCGAGAGAUCUACAACUAACAGAAUGUCAUCUCCUGAUGAGGAGAAGGGAGACGAUCAGCUUGAGAGUGCUCAGGAGUAUAUGGCACAUGUGCAGACAGAUAAUGAAGAACAUGCCUCUGUAGGAAAGCAAAACAUAGAAGAGCAGUUUGCUGACACAGCUCUUCUUGCCGAAGCUCAUUCUCUUUGGACCACUGAUGCUGAAGGCUCAGUGAGACUGAGAAUAGACGAAGAAUGUCCAGAGGAACCCGUCACCGUUCACCAAAUGUUCAAAGCCUCAGUUGAAAAAUAUGGAAACAUGUACGCACUCGCCAGCAAGAAGGACAACAAAUGGGAAAAGAUAACUUUCUUAGAGUAUUAUCAGUUCUGCCGGAGAGCAGCCAAGAGCUUUAUAAAGCUUGGUUUAGAGCGAUUCCAUGGAGUGGCGAUACUAGGAUUCAAUUCAGCAGAAUGGUUCUUCUCUGCAGUCGGUGCCAUCAUGGCAGGGGGGAUAAUGACAGGAAUUUAUGCCACAAACUCACCAGAAGCUUGCCAGUAUGUGGCUAGUGAUUCCAAAGCCAACAUUAUUGUGGUGGAAAACCAAAAGCAGCUGGAUAAAAUCCUGCAGAUACGUGACAGACUGCCCCAUUUAAAAGCCAUAGUGCAGUACAGUGGACGCCCCCUGCAGAAGAUCUCCAAUCUCUACUCUUGGGAGGAGUUCAUGGAGCUGGGUCUGGAUGUUUCUGAGAGAGAGCUGGAUGACAUCAUCGGCAGCCAGAGAGCCAACCAAUGCUGCGUCCUGAUCUACACCUCCGGCACCACAGGCCAGCCAAAGGGAGUCAUGCUCAGUCAUGACAAUAUCACAUGGACGGCCAAUAGUGCCAGCAGGGUCGGGGACAUGCAGCCGGCUGACACUAAACAGGAGUCCCUAGUGAGCUACUUGCCUCUCAGCCACAUCGCCGCUCAGAUCUAUGAUCUCUGGACGGGCAUCCAGUCGGGUGAGCUGGUGUACUUCGCACAGCCAGAUGCCUUAAAGGGAAGCCUGAUAACAACUCUGCGAGAAGUUUGUCCCACAUCCCACAUGGGUGUCCCACGAGUGUGGGAGAAGAUAAUGGAGAAAAUAAAACAGGCGAUCAGUGAGUGCGGAUAUAUGAAAAAGAAACUUGUGACAUGGGCGAUGUCGGUCAGUCUGGAGGCCAAUCAAAAGUGCAUGCAAAAGGAUGAUGAGAAACCCUUCCUCUUGACCCUGGCUGACAGCCUUGUGCUGCAGAGGCUUCGGGCUGAGCUGGGCCUGUCUUGCUGUCAGAAGUUCUUCUCCGGAGCAGCACCGAUCGGUAGUGAAACGGUGCAGUUUUUCUUGGGCAUGAAUAUCAGGCUGUAUGAGGCAUAUGGCAUGAGUGAGAGCACAGGACCUCACUUUAUGUCAGGUCCCAAAGCUUACAAACUACCAAGCUGUGGUAAGGUGGUGCCUGGCUGUCUAUACAAAAUGGCCAAUGUAGACUCUGGGGAGACGGGCGAAAUUUGCUUUUGGGGACGCAACAUCUUCAUGGGUUUCCUCAACAUGGAAGACAAAACAAGAGAAGCUUUGGAUGAAGACGGAUGGCUGCAUUCUGGAGACCUGGGGAAGACAGACGAAGAGGGUUUCUUGUACAUCACAGGGAGGAUAAAAGAGCUGAUCAUCACAGCUGGAGGGGAGAACGUUCCCCCUCUUCCCAUAGAGGAAGCAGUGAAGAAGGAGCUGCCUAUCAUCAGCAACGCCAUGCUCAUUGGGGACAAGAGGAAGUUCUUGUCCAUGCUUUUAACACUGAAGUGUUGUAGCGAUACAGAAACCAUGGAGCCAACAGAGGAGCUGAGUACGGAGGCUGUGGAGCUUUGCCGACAGCUGGGCAGCCAAGCCACCAAGGUGUCGGACAUCAUUGGGGGAAAGGACAAAGAAGUGUACCGGACCAUUCAAGAAGGAAUCAACAGAGUCAACUCUGCAGCCACCUCUAAUGCCCAACGAAUACAGAAGUGGACUAUUCUAGAGAAGGACUUCUCUGUGUCUGGAGGAGAGCUGGGUCCCACAAUGAAGCUCCGUCGCCCUGUUGUGUUGGAGAUGUACCACAAGGUCAUAGAGCGCUUCUAUCAGGAGUAGUGUUUCUAUAGAAGUGACUGUGUAACGGUUAGUAUGAAAAUCAUGUCGCCUACAUAUCUCCUCAUUCGUGUGGACAUGCAUGGAAUUUUAUUAUAUAUGUCUUAUGUUCAGAAUGCAUAAAUAAUACAGGAACCACAUUACAUUUUUUUUUAUCCUAUUUAAGUUUUAAAUAGUGAAUAAUACUGAGAAUUUUAUAAAGUUACACCAUUUUAAUGCAUCUUCUCAUAGGCUGAAAUAUUUCUUUUUAGUCUCUCAGUUUAUUUUUACUGCUUUGAAAUCAUACCAGUUAUUUGAAUGACAAGAUAUUACCCGGUAUUUUGUGUAAAUAUUAUGUGGUAUUCAGUAUGUGGUUUAUACCAAUUUAGAUAAAAACCUGGACAUAACUUCCACUAGGAAUCAUCAUCGUAGCAGCUGAGAGGGCUUUUGACAUCCACAAGUCAUUUGCAUAACACUGAAUAAAAACUCUGGAAUUUCUGA